AACAAUCAUCAAGGAAGUAGCAGUUCCAUUAUUUAUUUUAACGCCAUAGACAACCGCGAGACGUGAACCUGGUACCGAGCGCGGCAGAUAUCGCGAGAUGACAGGAGCCCGCUCCCCACUUGGCCCAAUAAAACGGGCCUCGCGACAAGUGGAGAUCUCGCGAGAUCAACACCAGAGGCCUCCCUUGUCUUCUGACGGUGGUCGUGAGACGGAGCCUUUCCGGGACGAUGCCUUCCCCCUUCUCAGUCAGCUCUUUUCCCGUCAACAUUCCCGCCGUGAUCACGCAGACAGACUGGACCGAGCCGUGGCUCCUGGGGCUGGCCAUCUUCCACACGCUCUGCCUGCUGCUCACGUGUUUCUCGUCCCGGAGGUAUGGACUGCAGGUCGGGCAUUUCCUGUGCCUAGUCACGUUAGUCUCCUGUGCCGAGUACAUCAAUGAAGCGGCCGCUGCAAAUUGGAGGUUAUUUUCAAAGUACCAGUAUUUCGAUUCAAGGGGGAUGUUCAUUUCUAUAGUAUUCUCAACACCACUGCUCUGCAAUGCCAUGGUCAUCGUGGUUAUGUGGGUCCGGAAGACGCUGAGUGUGAUGGCUGACCUGAAGAGCCUGCGGAAGAGAGGAAGAGAAGGGAGGCGGGAAAGGAAAGAGGACUGACGGCAGCAGCUGGCAUCCAUGGCGGUUUUCCUCCCAUUGUCCCCACGUCUGUGACGAAGGGGGUUUUGUCGCAGCAUCCACAUUGUGGAGCGCACCUCAGUUCUGGCUGUUAAACCUGAUGUCCACUGGGGUGUUCAGUGAACCCAGCCCCAGCCUUAGGGUGUUUGAGUCUUACCUAGUUACAACAUGGAAAUACGGAAAUAAAUGGGGUCUGCGCAGAGCCCUAUGAGAUUGG